AUGCUCCUCGCUCAGUCUCUAGUCGCCCUGACAGCGCUCGUGGUCUCAACCUUCGCAGCCCCAGCGCCCUCGGAUAUCGUCCUGAACCCCACGAACACAGAUGGCGGGCUCCUCACACCGACCCUGAUCACGGGACCUACGCUGACGACGCGGCCUAUUGUUCCUCCCAUCCAGAGCUGCUGCUGCUGUCGCACCAAGCUGCCCACGGGUCCCAGGGUGACGCUGUCGCCCGACGUCGUGGCUGCAGAGGAUGCCAUGGCCAAGCUGUGCGCGCCCAUUGCUUGUCCUGCCAACAACAAACAGCUGUGCUUGAUGGUCCUCUGCCCUGACCUUCAGUAA